AGCGGGUGUUGUAAAUAUGCCCAAUUCAUCGGCUGGUAGCAAAGCAGUCCUAAGAAUCAAGCGAAAAAGAAGUGCGGAUCCAGCAGAUAUAUUAUUGGUUUCUCAUGCCUUUAAGAAAGCUUUCACUGAUGAAGAUCAUAAACGCUCCUCUAACGCAGAUAACCCAGGGCAAAGAGUCUUCAAACUUGCUGGAACGGUUUCAAAGAAAAAUGACGAAUCUUUAUCUCAGGAGAUUCUGACCAAACUGUCAAGAAAGGAUGUGCACAAAUCCAAGGUUAAAAUCAACCCGAAGAAUGAGCUGACUGUUGAUUCAAUCAACGAGAAAUUGAGAGAAACGAAAAAGUUAUCAAGGCAAGCGUCAAGAUACAAAGUCAUUUCCAAACACAGAGACGUCGAAGAUGAAGUCGCUGACGAAGUUGAUGCUGUGUCGCAAGAAAUGUCCAGACUGUACAACCUGUACGACGUAGUGUUAGAUGAAGAUGAAUCCAGAGAUGUAACGAAAAAAGAAAACAAGGAAGAUAUAGACCCGAAUGCAAUUUUAUGCAAUUCCGUCAAAAUGAUUCGUGAAAAACUUCGGAUUGACGAUAAACCGAAAAGUAACUUAGAAAUCCUUGAAAAUGACUUCGUCUAUGAUGUUUAUUGUGCUGAUGAUAACUAUGGUGCCUUAUCUGAAGUGUUGGAUAUUGUCCACUUAAACGAAAGUCAGUUAGUCACAACUGCUUCAGACGAGGAAUUUAACUAUUAUGAAGACGACGACGAUUCAAAUGACGAAAACAAUUGGCGAAAUGAUUAUCCUGAUGAGGAUGAGUGGAAUGAAAGUUCCGAUGAAGAAACACGAUACAGAAACAAAGAAUUUGAUUAUGGUUACGACGGAGAUAAAAUGUUUUCUAAAGAAUUAUCAAGCGACGAAGAAUUAGAUUUUUACGGGAAAAACAACGAUGAAUAUAAUUACGAAAUCGUCGAUGACGACGAAUACUAUUAACCUCAUCAAGUGUUUCCCUGGCAACCAGAUUAACAGCGCUGGAAUAUCAGAACCUCGCAAUUGUGGAAUACAUUCCUUCGACCGCAAACGAAUACAUUCCGAGGAGGAUUUUGCAUUUCUGGUAUCAUUUGCUUCGGCAGAGAUAAGUGACGUUAUCUUUACUUUUUGUCAAACCAAAUCGUAUGAAAUCUGGUUGCUACAAUCAUAGCUGAAAUCUUUCUAGUCUAAUAUUCCCCUGCCCCAGAUAACCAAUUGAUUGUUCCGAAUAUUGCAUCCAUACUGUUCGGAUAUCGGAAACCUCAAUAUAAUAAUAUUAGGUCGAAUUUCAGCCUUUAAUGUAAAGGCGGAACAUUAGCACGAAAAUGGAACAUUGAAAUGAUUAAUAAUUACCUGUGAUAAUUUAAGUGAUUAUGUUUCAGUAAACAUAUCAUAUAUGAAGUACAUUGUCAUCUCUGUUCCAAAAGAGCUUUCUCAUAAUGACGUCAAUCGUGGAGAGCCUGUGAUACACAAAGUUUGAUUGGCUCAAGUAAACUUUGAUAAAGAAUUCAC